AUGGCGGAAAGUUCAGAAGAGGUCUAUCUCCAUGGCGAUCUCGACCUUAAAAUCUUCGAGGCCACCCAGUUGCCUAACAUGGACAUAGUAUCCGAGCGUCUACGUCGUUGCUUCACCGCUUGUGGUACUCUCAACUACUCCGCUAUUAAAUCCGUCGCUACCAACUCACGUUCCGCCGCCGGUGAAGGGAAAGUCCACCGCAGCCAUGGAAAAAUCAUCACCAGUGACCCAUAUGUUACCGUCCGGGUUCCUCAAGCCACCGUCGCGCGAACUCGCGUUAUUAAGAAUACCCAAAACCCCAAUUGGAACGAGCAUUUCGUUAUCCCUCUUGCACAGAAAAUGGCUGAGUUGGAAUUUCAGGUGAAGGACGAUGAUGUCUUUGGCGCUGAAGUUAUGGGGACAGUCAAAAUCCCGGCUCAGCAAAUUGCCUCUGGUCAGACAAUUAGUGGGUGGUUUACGGUGCUUGGCUCAAAUGGGAAGCCACCGAAGCCCGGCACUUCACUACGAAUUGAAAUGAAGUUCACCCCUGUUGAGAAGAAUCCGGUGUACCGCCACGGCAUUGCUGGAGAUCCGGAGCAUAAGGGUGUGCGGCACACAUAUUUUCCGGUGAGGAGAGGCAGCUCCAUGAGAUUGUACCAAGAUGCUCAUGUGCCUGAUGGGAUGCUGCCGGUGAUUGAAUUGGAUGGAAAGAAUGUUUAUAAACAAGAGAAUUGUUGGGAGGAUAUCUGUCAUGCUAUAUCAGAGGCUCAUCAUAUGAUUUAUAUCGUUGGUUGGUCAGUUUUUCAUAAGAUCAAGCUGGUUAGAGAGUCAACCAGGCUGCCACGAGGUGGGGAACUUAUUCUUGGUGAUCUCCUCAAAUACAAAUCAGAGGAGGGUGUUCGAGUUUUGAUGAUGAUUUGGGAUGAUAAGACUUCUCAUGAUAAGUUCUUAAUCAAUACGGGGGGAUUGAUGCAGACACACGACGAGGAAACCAAGAAAUUUUUCAAGCAUUCUUCAGUGAUCUGUGUGCUCUCACCUCGCUAUCCAAGCAGCAAGCUAAGCUAUGUGAAACAAAAGGUAUUGGUGUCAAGCAUUGUCUAUGUUUAUCACGUAGUUAGAUACCCCUUGAGCUCAUAUAGUGUGUUUGUCCAGGUUGUAGGCACUGUCUUCACGCAUCAUCAGAAAUGUGUCCUUGUUGAUACUCAAGGAUAUGGUAAUAAUAGGAAGAUCACAGCUUUUCUUGGAGGUCUUGAUCUCUGUGACGGUCGUUACGAUACACCCGAGCAUCGACUAUUCCAUGGCCUCGACACGGUAUUUAAGGAUGAUUUUCAUAAUCCUACAUUCCCUGGAGCCAAAGCUCCAAGGCAACCAUGGCAUGACUUGCACUGUCGGAUCGAUGGGCCAGCUGCAUAUGACGUGCUUAUAAACUUCGAGCAACGUUGGAGCCGAGCCACAAGAUGGACCGAGUUUGGUCUACGCUGCAGGAACAUUACUCACUGGCGCGAUGCUUUAAUCAAGAUAGAGCGCAUAUCAUGGAUACUAAGCCCUGAAAUAACCAUCUUAGCUGAUGGUUCAAUAAAAGUUCCAGAGGAUGACCCCAAAGUAUAUGUUUCAAACGAAAAAGAUCCUGAAAACUGGCAUGUUCAGAUUUUUCGAUCCAUCGACUCAGGAUCGGUUAAAGGAUUCCCAAGAGAUGUCCAUGUCGCCGAGUCGCAGAACCUUGUAUGUGCCAAAAACUUGGCUAUAGAGAAAAGCAUUGAAAUGGCAUAUAUCCAGGCUAUCCGAUCGGCGCAACGUUUCAUUUACAUCGAAAACCAGUAUUUUAUAGGAUCAUCGUAUGGAUGGCCGGGAUAUAAAAAUGCCGGGGCUGAUAAUCUCAUUCCCAUGGAGUUGGCCCUUAAGAUUGCAAGCAAAAUAAGAGCCAAUGAAAGAUUUGUUGUGUAUAUUGUCAUACCAAUGUGGCCUGAGGGAGAUCCCAAUAGCGCUCCCAUGCAAGAGAUUCUUUAUUGGCAGGGACAAACCAUGCAAAUGAUGUAUGACAUUGUUGGAAGUGAGUUGAAAUCAUCAGAGCAACCAUAUUUGCACCCUCAGGACUAUCUAAACUUCUAUUGCCUUGGCAAACGGGAAAAAGUUCCAGAGAAUGGGCCAACCACUGAUGCAACGGUAUCAAAUUCAAUAAAACAUCAACGGUUUAUGAUUUACGUGCAUGCCAAGGGGAUGAUAGUAGAUGAUGAAUAUGUAAUUAUUGGGUCUGCAAAUAUUAACCAACGAUCUAUGGCUGGAACGAAGGACACCGAGAUAGCCACGGGCGCGUAUCAGCCACAUCACACGUGGGCGAAGAAAAAGAAACACCCACAUGGUCAGAUUUACGGAUACAGAAUGUCGUUAUGGAGCGAGCAUCUCGGAAUGCUCGAUCCAUGUUUCAACGAGCCAGAAACUUUGGAAUGUGUAAGAAGAGUCAACGGGGUAGCAGAGGAUAACUGGAAGCGAUUCACCGCCGAUGAAUUCACGACGUUGCAAGGCCACCUCCUCCGGUAUCCGGUGCUCGUGGAUGGCGAUGGGAGAGUCAGCCCUCUGCCUGGACAUGAAAACUUCCCUGAUGUAGGAGGGAAGAUAAUAGGAUCUCAUUCAGCUGCAAUUCCUGAUGUUUUGACCACAUAGUCUCCGCCUUGUAAUAGCAAUGAUGCUUUCUAGCUAGAAUCGACGCGCUCUACCUCUAUUCGGAGUCGAAACCGUGAAACGGGCACAGGAGUCGAUCACUGACUAAUCUGUAGACAAGCUUACUAUCCAAAAACAAUGAAAAUUACAUAGCUUUGGGGUUCUUUUGGGUGCAUUUUCCUUGUGGUUGGUGGGGUUUUCUUCCUUGUUCUUCGUCAAUGCUUGUAUGUAUUUGAAUGGAGUUGAACUGUGAAUAUGGAGUAUAGUGAUGUUGUGGGGAUAAUCAUUCAAUUCUUCCUUUCUUU